UUCUCAACCACACCUGCCAAAUCUGGAAGUUAGACACACGACACUCCCAAAGGUAGUCACGCGACACCGUCCCAGCCCAAAAGCCGCAUGUACACCAUCCGUACGGCUGGACUGAAAGGUCUGGGCGUCUUCGCGACAACACACAUACCCCGCGGCACGCGCAUCGUCGCGGAAGCACCGCUCGUAACCGUCAAAGGCGAGCGAGAAGUCUACGGCGCCAUCACCCGGCUCCCGCAGCGCGACAUCGCCUUCAUCCGCGCCCUCUCCGUCAACGCUGGUAACAAUGCCAUCUCAAUCCUCGACCGCGCCCGCGCAGCCUGGAACCUAAUAUCGACCUCCACGCUCCCAACUCCAAGCAUAGUGCGAGACUACAGCGCUCUCCUCUCCGCUUUCCGGAACAACAAUUUCGACCUCGGCGCAGGCGUGCAGGCUCUCUUCACCGAAAUCAGCCGCUUCAACCACUCGUGCAUCCCCAGCUGUCAGGGGAAUUUCAACUCUGCGUUGGGCAAGUUUACCGUGCAUGCUACGCGUGGGAUUGAGGCUGGGGAGGAGAUGACGGUGAGUUAUCUUGGGGAGAGCGGGGUUGCUUUGAGGGAGGAGAGGAGGGGGCGAUUGUGGAGGGGUUUUGGAUUUUGGUGUGGGUGUGGGAUUUGUGAUGAGGUGAGCGAUGAUGGGGGAAGUGAGGGGAGGAGGACGGGGAUGAGGGACAGGUUGAGGGAGUUUGCGAUGGGGAGUGCAGAUUCGAAUGGGAGGGGGCACGUGGAGGUUGAUGUGUUGGGGGAGUUGAUUGGGCUGUUUGAGUCGGAGGGUUUGGGGGGUCGAGAGUUGGGGAUGAUAUAUCUCUCCGUGGCGGAGAAACACGCGCAUUUGGGCAAUCAUGAGGACGCGCGACGAUCUGCAGCGCGGGGCCUGCGCAUUGAAGAGACGUGCGUGGGGAGUGAUAGUCCGUUGUAUCACGACAGCGUGCAGCGCAUGCGGCGGAUGAGCAUGCAGCUCACGGACGAGGCUCCGUGAUGCGAGCCGCCUGCCACCUGCAACCUCAACCGUGAUGGUCAGGCCGUGAUGGCCUUAUUUCGACCGCAUGUCUACUUCUUG